AGUUGUUAAUCAUGGCUGCUUAUGGAGCUCUGGUUUCUCUUAUGCAUAUCAUCGAAACCCUCGACAAACAUCCUUCUCCUCCCAUUUCUAUCAACCAAAAACAAGUUCAAUCCCUCACUCAAAACAUUACCUUCUUGCAGGAGUUUCUUGAUUCCUAUAUUUCCCCUUUUGCUGAUAGCCACGAUGCUGAUCCAUUGGAGCGUCGCAUUGCUGAUGCAGUUUACGCGGCUGAGGAUGUUAUCGAAUCCCAUAUUGUUGAUCAAAUUCACAGUGGAUCCACAAUCGUUGCAUAUUAUGACUUCUAUCACAAUCUACAGAAAGUGAUAGAAGAAAUGAAUCUGAUCAACAAAGAGGUGAAGAGCAUUGCAGUUGAAGCUCAGACCAAGCAGAAGCCCGUUGCUGCCUUGUCGGCGUCUUCUUCCAAUGUGAAAGAGAACGUGAUCGUGGGCUCUGACGAAGUGUUUCAAGACGUUUUGGAUAAGCUCACCGGAGAUACAAUCAACCGCCAGAUCAUCCCUAUCACGGGGAUGGGCGGCAUUGGUAAGACCACUCUUGCCAUGAAACUAUUUGAGAAUGCACUUGUUAAGUAUCGUUUUGAUAUUCGUGCUUGGACUACAAUCUCUCAAACUUACAAUGUUAGAGAAACACUUAGAGAAGUUCUUUUUCGAGCUAGUGGACGAGAUUCAAGUAGUGAUCUGAGUGAGAAUGAGUUGGGACAAAAAUUAUACCAGUUUUUGUUUGGUAGGAGAUAUCUUGUAAUAAUGGAUGAUAUGUGGAGCAUAGAGGCGUGGGAGAAGAUAAAAAAUUUCUUUCCUGAUAACCAAGAUGGGAGUCGAAUAAUCGUAACAACUAGGUUGUCUUACUUGAGUUCUCAGUUGAACGAGUCUUGUAUAGUUCGCAUGAAAUUUCUAGAUGAGGCUAGUAGUUGGGAUUUAUUUCGUAUGACCGUGUUUGGAAAAGAAAGUUGUCCAAUUGAGUUGGAGAAGAUUGGAAAGAAUAUUGUAGCAAAUUGUAAAGGACUUCCUUUAUCAAUUGCUACAAUAGGAGGUCUUUUGGCAAAAUCUGAGCGCACAAAAGAAUGUUGGGAGCGUAUAGAGCAAAAUUUGAAUUCCAUUGUUAUUAACACUAACGAUGGAUUUUGCUUGAAAAUAUUGAGGAUGAGCUAUAUCUAUCUGCCAAACUACUUAAAGCCAUGUUUUCUGUAUAUGGGUGUUUUUAAGGAAGAUUACCGUAUUAUUGUGUCAAUGCUUAAGAAGUUAUGGGUUUCUGAAGGAUUUUUGAAACCAGGGAGUGGAAAAUGUUUGGAAACACUUGCGCAAGAGUAUUUUAAGGAAUUGGUUGAUAGAAAUCUCGUUUUAGUUGAUGGAUUGGGGUGUACUGGAAACGUUAAGUUUUGUAAAAUUCAUGAUUUGUUGAGAGAUUUGUGUUUGAAAGAAGCUGAAAAGGACAGAUUUUACCAUGUUGUAAGAGAUGAUCCUCCGGCCAAUAUUAGCGAACGUCGAGUCGUUCUUAAAACUGGAGGGUUGUUAGGAUCUUUGUCACAUACUCGUUCCAUAAUAUGUCAGUAUGACAAAGCAGUACCUGAGGAUGGCAAAUUUCUACCGUCUCAGGAUCUUCGAUUGUUGAGGAUAUUCAGGGCAAGUGUGUAUGAUAGUUAUUUCCUAGAAAAUGUGUUUGAAUUGGUGAACUCACGGUACCUUGCUAUCACAGUUCAUCAUGAGGAUUAAUUUCCCUAACACUAUCAAGAAGUUGGUUGUUCAAGACUUUCAUACCACGGAGUUUGGCACAAAGAUGGAAGACAUAUUGCCUAAAAUCGGUUCGUUGCCUCUUCUUGAGAAGCUCUUAUUAAGUAGAGGUGUCUUCAGAACCAGCAAGUGGGAAACAAUUGAAGGCCAGUUCCAGAAGCUCAAGUUUCUACAGUUGUCGCGUUGUAGAGGUCUAGUAAAUUGGAUUGUGUCAGACAGCUCCCACUUUCCACUUCUCCAGAAGCUUUGUCUCAAUUUAUCCGAACUCGAGGAAAUCCCAUCUGAAGUUGGAGAAAUAGCAACGCUGAAAUCGAUUUCAUUGUAUAGAUGCAGUGAAGCAGUUGUGGUGUCAGCGAGAAAGAUAGUAGAAGAACAUGAGGAUCUAUAUGGAGAGCAAUUAGACCUUCGUGUGGGUGCAAUUUGGUAAACAUUGGACUGCAAAAGAGUCUUGUUUGCUUCCUCUCAUUGUGGACGGAGAAGAGGGAGAAUGGCCGGAGAUUGGUGGCGCCGUGGAGGGAGUCGACGGCGGCGGCGGAUGGAGAUUCUUCCAUGGCUAUACACAAAUGUUUAUUUGUAUUUAACUUUUUGUUGUUUUAGUGAUGUUAGUGAUAUGAUUUUGAAUUUAUUUUAUAAACGAAACUUUGUUAGAGACUA